CAGUGUAUCGUGUAUGGUGCUGUGAUUUAAAUCGCUACCGUUGACAAUAUCAUUAACAGAGGAAAUAAUUUAAAACAUUCAUUAACGGUGCAAACAUGUGAAUUGUCUUUUAAAUUCGGUGUUAUUUUGAUGAACGAAAUUUGAAGUGCAGAUAAUAUAUCGAAUAUAUAAAUAUUUUUUUUAUUGAAGAAUUGUGUGUUUCAGUUUGAAAUAAUGGCUGAAAAUAUUUUAACUGUGAUGACCCCUCAGACCAGUGGCGUCGGAUUUUCGUCCAUUUUUAUUCUCAUCAUGUUUAUAAUACUGGUGAUAACGGCCAUUCAUCUUUUUUAUAAAUCUCAAGAAUCGUUUAAACUUGGCAUUCAAAUACCUGGUCCCGAACCCAUUCCAAUAUUAGGAAAUGCUUUAAUGGCUUUAGGAAAAUCACCAAAUGAAAUCGUGGAAGAAUGUUUGCGACUCGGUGAAAUUUACGGUCAUGUAGCUCGAGGUUUUCUUGGAUACAAUGUGGUGGUAUUCUUAACUGAUCCACGCGACGUAGAAUUGAUAUUGAACAGCAAUGUGCAUUUGACGAAAUCGAGUGAGUAUCGAUUUUUCAAGCCAUGGCUCGGAGAUGGUCUAUUGAUCAGCAGUGGUGAAAAAUGGCGUUCACAUCGUAAAUUGAUUGCGCCCACAUUUCAUCAACUUGUGCUAAAGAGUUUUGUCGGUGCAUUCAAUCGGAACAGUUGGCGUUUGGUGGAGAGAUUACAAUCAGAAUGUGGCCAUGAAUUUGAUGUACAUGAUUACAUGAGCGAAGUCACCGUCGAUAUUCUAUUAGAAACGGCAAUGGGUCACCCAAAAACGCAUGAUGAUCACGAGGGUUAUGAAUAUGCAAUGGCUGUCAUGAAAUUAUGCGAUAUCAUUCAUCGACGACACAGCACAUUUUAUUUGCGGCCGGAUAUAAUAUUCAAUUUGUUGGGCAUUAAAAAACAGCAUGAUACAUUGGUGAACACAAUUCAUAGUCUAACGACAAAAGUUUUAAAAAACAAAAGCGCACAAAUGAAAAAAUCAUUCGAAAGUGGCCAAAUGCAAAAGACAACUUACAGCGAUUUGAUGAAUCAAACAACGGAUUCAACGACAGUCAUUCGUGAUGAUACCGAAGAAGAUCCAUUGAUCGGUGAAAAAAAUCGUCUUGCAUUUUUGGAUUUAAUGCUAGAAUCAACGUAUUGCGGUGCAGAUAUAUCAGAAAUCGAAAUUAAAGAAGAAGUGGAUACCAUAAUGUUUGAAGGGCAUGAUACGACGGCGGCUGGCUCAAGUUUCGUUCUUUGUUUAAUGGCAUGCCAUCAAGAUAUUCAACAAAAGGUGUAUGAGGAACAAAAGCAAAUCUUUGGUGAUUCAAAACGCUCGGCCACAUUUGCCGAUACGCUUCAAAUGAAUUAUUUGGAGCGAGUGAUCAUGGAAACAUUGCGACUAUAUCCACCAGUGCCAGUCAUCGCUCGUGAGGUUAAAGAAAAUGUUAAAUUAGCAUCAAAACCUUAUACGAUUCCAGCUGGAUCCACCGUUGUGAUUGGAACUUUCAAAAUUCAUCGACGAAAAGAUAUUUACGAGAAUCCAGACAAAUUCAAUCCGGAUAAUUUCCUUCCAGAGCGAACACAAAAUCGAAAUUACUACGGAUUUAUUCCAUUUAGUGCUGGACCAAGAAGUUGUGUUGGCCGAAAGUAUGCCAUUCUCAAGCUCAAAAUUCUACUGUCAACAAUUUUGCGCAGUUUCAAAAUCUACUCGAGUUGCACGGAAGCCGACUUUAAGCUACAAGCUGACAUCAUUCUGAAGAGAACGGAUGGUUUUCGCAUUCGCGUCGAACCGCGAUGAGCACAUUCUUUUUCCUACAUUAUAUUUUUCGCUUACCAACAAUAUUAUUACUAGAUUUAGAUAGUGGUAUGGUUCGCAUUUAGCAUUAAAUAAAAAUGAUUUUGAUUGAAACAAUAAA